UGGUCACGCCCCUUGGAGUCGUGCUGACGCACGCUGUGUGCGCCGAACCUGAGGAAGCGACGUCACUGGCCCCGCCCCGCCCUCCGUGUCGGGGCGUCCCCGCUUGCACGUGCUGCCUCUCCCCGCGCAAGCCCGGGAGGGUGUGCGCAGGCGCCGCCCGCGGGAGGGGGGGUGGAGGAAGGAGGCGGGGUGGGGAGGCCGCAGGGUUUAGAGCCGGGCGGAGACCGCCGAGGCUCAUUCCUCAGCAACCAGGGUCGGUGUCAAGGAGACCUUUACACACCCGCUCUCGGUCCCCCGCCUCCGGUGGGUGGGCUCGCGCAGCAGAGACAAAGGAGAUCAGUGGGGACGGACGUAGCUGCGAAGGGAAGUAGGGCGUCAGUGUGGGGCGGUGGGCUUUUUUUUUAGGGGGGUGGCGCGGGGGCAAUAUUUAAACUCCCGGAGCCGUUAAGUUGAGCCGGACUUCGCUGCGCGCGCAGCCAGGGUGGCGGUGCAGUGCGCAUGCGUGGCUCCGGAACCGGGGCACGCGCUCGGGCGGUGCGCGCUCCCGGCCGCGGCGGCGAAGGAGGUCGGCGCACGCGCGGUUUAGGCCUCGGGCUGCCUGGGUCUGGCAGGCAUCUUGUUUUGGUCUCGCGGGCGAGCGGGGCGCCCUUGGGGGGAGGCGCGCGGGCGCGAGGCGAGGCGGGCCGAGCUGCGCGCGCACGCGAGGGAGGGCGGAGGGAGCAGGCAGCCACCGAGGCGGGCGGGGGUGAGGGGGGUGGGUGUUGAGCCCUCUGGUUCACCCCUUCUCGGCCUCCCGCGCCCGGGACGGAGUAAAGGGGAGGAAAUGAUCGAGAUGGCGGCGGAGAAGGAGCCCUUCCUGGUGCCGGCCCCGCCGCCGCCGCUCAAAGAGGAGAAGGGCGGAGGAGGCGGCCCCGCGGGGUCCCCGAGCCCCCAGGGCAGCCUGGGCGCCCCUUCCACCCCGCGGGGCGGCCCGCCGCAGCCGCAGCGAGGGGACGGCCCCCAGGUGGAUCCCCAGGGCCGAGCGGCUCCCCCGGACUUGGGGGAGGAGCGACGGAGCGGGGGCGGGACAGAGCUGGGGCCCCCGGCCCCUCCUCGCCCCCGGAAUGGCUACCAGCCGCACCGGCCGCCCGGGGGAGGCGGGGGCAAGCGCAGGAACAGCUGUAACGUGGGGGGCGGCGGCUUCAAGCACCCGGCCUUCAAGCGGCGUCGGCGGGUGAACUCGGACUGUGACUCAGUGUUGCCCUCCAACUUUCUCCUGGGGGGCAACAUCUUUGACCCCUUGAACCUGAAUAGCCUCCUGGACGAGGAGGUGAGCCGCGCGCUCAAUGCCGAGACCCCCAAGUCAUCUCCUCUCCCGGCCAAGGGGCGCGACCCCGUGGAAAUCCUGAUCCCCAAAGAUAUCACCGACCCGCUCAGUCUCAACACCUGCACCGACGAGGCCCACGUCGUGCUGGCCUCGCCGCUCAAGGUCGGCCGUAAGCGGCACCGGCACCGGGGUCAGCACCACCCGCCGCAGCCGGCGGCUGGGGGCAGCGAGAGCCAGGCCGCGCCGCCCGCCACCCCGCUCACCCCGUCGCUCCAGGGGGAGGGCACCCCGCAGCAGCAGCCGCGGCCCCGGAGCCAGAACCGGGACGCCCCCCAGCCCUAUGAACUCAAUACAGCCAUUAACUGCAGGGACGAGGUGGUGUCCCCGCUCCCCUCGGCCCUGCAGGGCCCCGCAGGCUCCUUCCCAGCACCUGCCACCUCGGCUACCUCUGCGCCGUCCUCCUCCUCCUCCUCCUCGUCGUCCCGCCGCAAACGGCGCAGGACUUCCAGCAAGUCGGAGGCCGGCGCCCGGGCAGGGACCCAGGGGGCCCCCAAGGAGAAGGGCAGAGCCAGUGCAGGAGGCCGCCACCAGCCCUACACACUCCCCGCCACCGGUUUCAAAAAGCAACAGAGCAAGUUCCAGUACGGGAACUACUCCAAGUACUAUGGGUACCGCAACCCCAAGUGCGAGGAUGUGCGUCUGCGGGUGCUGAAGCCCGAGUGGUUCCGGGGUCGUGACGUGCUCGACCUGGGCUGCAACGUGGGCCACCUGACCCUGAGCAUCGCCUGCAAAUGGGGUCCGGCCCGCAUGGUGGGCCUGGACAUCGACCCGCAGCUCGUCCACUCGGCCCGCCAGAACAUCCGCCACUACCUGUCCGAGCAGCUGUGGCUGCCCUCCCAGACUGCUGAGGGGGGCCCGGGGACUGAGGGCGAGGCGGGGGCCCCGGCCCCUGUCCAGAAGAAAACUUUCCCGGCCUCGCUGACGGCCAGCCGCGGGCCCAUUGCUGCACCCCAAGUGCCCUUGGAUGGAGCAGACACAACCGUCUUCCCAAACAAUGUCGUGUUUGUCACGGGAAACUACGUGCUGGACCGAGACGAGCUGGUGGAGGCCCAAAGGCCCGAGUACGACGUGGUGCUCUGCCUCAGCCUCACCAAGUGGGUGCACCUGAACUGGGGGGACAAAGGGCUGAAGCGCAUGUUCCGCCGCAUCUAUAGGCACCUGCGCCCCGGGGGGCUCCUGGUCCUGGAGCCCCAGCCCUGGUCAUCCUACAACAGGAGAAAGGGACUCACGGAAACCAUCUAUAAGAACUAUUUCCGAAUCCAGCUGAAGCCAGAGCAGUUCUGUUCCUACUUGACCUCUCCAGAGGUGGGCUUCUCUAGCUAUGAGCUUGUGGCUACACCCCAAAACACCGCCAGAGGCUUCCAGCGUCCUGUGUACCUGUUCCACAAGGCCCGUUCCCCCAGCCACUGAGUGCUCAGUCCCCUGGAGGAAGUGCAAAGAUGCGCGCUGCCCAGCGCUCCAGAGGGCCAAGGGCAAGAGGAAAGUGGCCCAAGUUCUUUCUUUUCUGGCUCCUCGGAUCUGCAAAGAAAGCUUUUCUUCCUCCGUUUGCUGCCCCAGCCUCCACUCGACACCUGGCACUUAAGCCGCCAGCCCAUCUGUGCUGGUGUUACCAUCAUCUUCCUCUCCCCCAGCCCGAGGGCUGGAUGGCAUGGACUGUUUGUUGACCUCUGUGUUCUCCUGGGACACCGGAGGUGCGGGGGAUCGAUUUUCCUGUCCCUCUUCCUCCGGCCCUCUCAGGAGUUACUUGUUUCUCCUCGGCCCUUGUCACUCGCUGCGUUUCAGUGGACCACGGAUAGGUGAAUUUGAGGGUUGAGAAGCGGGGGGACGUGGUGGGGAGGCACGCAGGCACUGUAAAAAUCCUUCCCACUGCAGUCCCCUGAUGGGUGAGGGGUUGGGUAUGAAAACAGCACAAUAAACUUGAUGUUUAGGGCA